UUUAGUGUGGUUCUCACUGCAUUUUUGCAAUCGGCUCGCUUUUGUUCAGAGGCCAACGAAACAUACCACCGAAGAGGAAAUUGGAGAUCUUUUGUACAAGUUGUGGUGCUAUGUGCUAGCUGCUGCUGCUAGACCUAAUUACAGUUUGUCAGGAAGGUGACAAACAACGCACCACGCCUUACCGUCGUCGCUAGCUAUGCGUCUUCUCACGUCGUUUGUAUUUUCUCUUUCUUCUCUUCUUCUACUUGUGGGCUUUUCAGCUGGAGACCAUGCUGAUUCACCGUGUGAUUUUGAUCAUAUCGCAAUACGCCUUGACGGUGAUCUGUUGCCUCCGAAUAGAGAGGAAGCUCUUCAACGUCUGAGGGAAUUGAGACAAAACAGAUCUGAUGAUCGCCGUACGGCGCAUCUGCAGGAAGUCGAGGAGCGGAAACUGGAAGACAGCCUCAGAUAUUUCAAUGUUCCUGUGGACUCUUUUAUGGUUGGAUCAAUCAGUGUUGAAAUCUAUUACAAGGAGCAUCAUGAUCAGCACGAAGAGCACAAUCAUGUGCCAGAACAGAGAGCUGAAGCCGGAGCUUGUUCUGAGCUAAAUGUCAUUGCUACAUCAGUACCUAGCAAAUCAAACAGAUCUAGUCAUUGGAAUGGCACAUUUUGUCGGUAUGCUAAUGUUUGUCUUGGAGCAUUAAACACUGACUGCCACUUUGUUGGUGGAGACUUAGAGUGCCAACAGAAUGAUGAAUAUCUUAAUGGCUUUGUGGAGCAAAGGACUUCUAAAGGACUGGCCAUAUUUGACUUUUUGACACAUACGAAUUAUCCAGACUUGAUGGGACGUCGUAUAAGGUUUUCGUUGAAGGAAUUUCCAAGUAUUUAUGUGGAAACAGAAGAAGUUUUUAUUUCACACAAGGGUCAUCAUUUGGAACUCAAACAGCCGGUGUCUUUUGACAAUUUUUCUGUGCCUGCAAACAGUCCUCUGCCACUGCUUGAAGUUGUGAUGAUAUACCAAGACUAUGAAGAUGAGCAAAUGAAGGAAUGCACAUAUGACACUUGUGGCAAUGAUGCAGAAGUGAAUAUUGAUGUGACCAUUCCAUCUAAGAUUAAUUUUACAUAG